UGCCGUUGGGAAGAAAUAACUCAUCAAGCCGACCAUAUUCCCAACAGGCAGUAACUGACUGUACCUUGCGGUGGCUUUCGGCAUUCAUGUACCUUGGCGUACCGCCUCUUCUACUGGCAAUUAAGUGUAACCGUUGGAUUUACUAGGUCGUCCCAACCAACGUUUACUUUAAAGAAAUGAGAGUAUUCAUAGCAUUUGAUGGUCUUUGCGAGCCCUUCGAUAUACUGCCUGGCCAGACCGUGCAAGAGGUGAAACAGAUGAUAAAGGAUGCCUUUCAUAUCCAAAUAUCAGAUGAUAGACAAGGCAGGAGGUUUCUGGAACUCCAGUAUGCAGGGGGUGUCCUGAGGGAUGACUGGGUUCUUGCUGAUGUUGGAAUUACUGUAUGUUCAACUAUUAAAUGUUUCCUGAAGGAAGAAGAUAAACCAGCGCUGUAUGUAUACAAUGCUGUGACCAACGAGAGAGUUCCAGUAAUGGGGGGAGUUUAUCUGAUGAGUACAACAGUUUCCAGACUGAAGACCAUAAUGUCCCUGAAAUGUGGAUUUCCAGUUAGUGUUUUCUGUCUGAGGACUCUAGAAGGAAAGGACAUGUAUAACUGCAACAUUCUGAGUGAUUACAAACUAGACCUAGGUUCAACUAUCAGAAUGGAUGUGUGGGAUGGUUGGAAGGAAUUCCUUAAUGCCUGUGUUCUUGGUCACAAACAGAAAGUCCAAUGCUACCUAUCAAAAGAAGAUGCUGUGCUCAGAUACCAGCAGAGGGUAGCUCUUUAUUUGGCUGCAUAUUUUGGACACCUGGAGCUUGCAGAAUGGCUCCAGAAAAGAGGGGUCAGAGCAGAUGAAGCUAUUGGGGUCCAUCCCUAUAGAGAAUGGUGCAGUGAGACUGACCAUCCAGACACGGCCAAAUGUGCCAUCCACGCAGCUGCAGAGGCAGGCCAGCUUCUUCUGUUGAAAGCAUUUAUUUCCCAUAACAUUCUGUGUCUCCAGUGUCAAAAUCCGAUGGGACAGACGCCACUCAGGAUUUGCAUUCAGCAGCGCCAUAAAGAUUGUGUUUUAUAUUUGGUAAUGAAAAUGUGGUCGCUUGUUUCAUUUCCUAAAAUCUCCCUUCCCAUGAGUGUUUACAUUAAAGUGAAAAGAUGGCUAUUCACGGCUCAGAAAGCAAAGUCUGCAGCAAAGAAUUUGAGGUGGCUGCCAGUGUUCAAAACACGUGUUGGGGACCCUCUUGUUGUUGAUGGUUUCACAGAACCUAAAAUGAGAAGUCGAGGUCUAAGUAGACUUUAUCAAGACAGCUGGAACAAAAUUAUGCGGACUUGUAAUUAUCCAGGGACUCAAAAUGGCCAGACGUUGGCUAGUACGGUCCUUAAACUCCAUGCUUCCUCCAAAAGAGAGAACACUGGUCAGGCAAAUAUUCUGCCACCACUUAAUAAAACCGCAAAGCCUACUGUCAAGAGGAGCAAAGUUGAGGGAACCUCCACGCCUGGUAUCUUAGAAUAUAAUAGGAUGGCUCAAGUUCCUCUUCCUCCCAUUGCAAACAAUUGCAAUAGUUUCCCACGUCAUCUGGCUGUUCCACAAGCUGCUUUUCUUCUAAACUCAUCUCUGGAAUCUUUCUCAAAGCAUACAGGGAAAACACCAAGAGAGAAUGCAAUAUAUUGCUUGGGACUUGCCAGCCAAUUUAAAGAAAAGCCAUGGCUCCAACAGCUAGAUAUGGCCAGGAUGUUGGCUAAGAAGACUGUUUAUAGCUUGUAAAAAUGUCCAUCAG